AAGAAACACCAAAGAUAACAUUUCCUUACAAAACGUGAGGUUGUAUUUACAACAAAAUGAAAACCAGACGUCGUUUAGGUCGUAUUAGACAGGACGAAGAUGGCGAGGCUUUUGAAACUGAACUGUUCUCAGAUUUAAAUAAAGAUGAAAAUCUAGAAAAAACUCCAAAACCAAAUCAUGAUGAUGAUUCUGAUGAAGGGAACGAUGCAGGUCAAGGUGAGCUCAAUAGCGAUGAUGAAGCCCCGGAUGAUGUUGGUUUCCAUGACAGCAAGAUGUCCGUCCUGGCGGAGCUGCGAUCUGCCAUGAGGCAGGUGGAUAAGGGGAAGUCUGUGAAGAAAGAACAGCGGAGGAAACUGGACGCACAGUUCAAGGCACAAAAGGCAAAAAAACUGGAAGAACUUUCAAGUAAGAAAUUGCCAGAUGAUUUCUUGGCAACUUUGGAUGAGGCAGUUAUAUCAAAACCCAAAGUAAAAAAAGGAGAAAAAAGGAAAAAGAAUAAACAGCAAGAAGAAGACAGUAAGGAACCAGAUGUUGCUGAACCAAGUCCAGUGAAGAACUCUAGAGUCACUUUCACAGAGGACUUCAUCUCUCUGACUGACCGCGUCAGUGGUGUAGAAGUGGCAGAACUCAAGAAGUCUGAAACAGACAGUCGCACACUGAGUCAGGCUGCUGCAGCAUUCCGUCAGAGCAGACUUUAUGGUUCUCACAUACCCAGAGAGUCAAGUAAGUCUGAAACAGACAGUCGCACACUGAGUCAGGCUGCUGCAGCAUUCCGUCAGAGCAGACUGUAUGGGUCUCACAUACCCAGAGAGUCAAAUAAGGAUAGACUUGGGAAGGCAGAGAAGAGAAAGUUCAAUAGAAAAUGAAGAUAUUGCAGAGCUACCAAACUUGGGCCUUGUGGUGAUGGAGUUUGAGUCAAGUUCUGGGAAAACUGGGCUUAAUGCAUGUGCAUAAAGUCAGGGCUAUAGAUGACUUUUUGGGUAUAUUGGGUAAUUCACACCCUGUUUUUGACAACAAUAAGGUUUUUGUAAAUUCAAUAGUUUUAGCAAAAAUGUUCACCCCCUACUUUUGCGCUUUAUUGGGUUUUUCAACCCCGUUUUUUUUAAACUCAAUUGGGUUAUUUAGGGAAUGAAAUAUAUUAUAAAAUAAAAAUCUACAAAGGUUACUAUACUAUUUAUACAAAUGGAAUUCAAAAAGGCAUGUGUACAUAACAACAAACAAUUACUGAAUUUCUUAUCAAAGUUCAUUCAUUUUUGCAUUGAAUAAGACCAAGUUCUUGAAAAUCGCUGCACAAUUGAUGAAGUUAUGGCUGUUCAAAGCGAUGCACCCCGUUUUCGGGUAAUUUUAAGUUGAAAACCUUGAAAAUGAAAGUAGAAAUCGGACGGGUCUACAUAUAAUUACAAUUAUGCCCCAAAGAUUGAUAACCGCUGGAAAGACUGCCUUCUUUUCUUCAUAGGACGGCAUAUAAAUUAUCCGGUACUCUUUUGUACGGAAAAUAACCAGUCUAAAAAAUACACCCAGUGUUUGUAAGAAUUGCGUUUUGUGACGCAAGGUUUUUUACGGGAAUUACGUUAUUAAAUGUGUAUUUGUGUUUUUGUAUGCUUUAUUUUUAAUUUAAUAACAUUUUUGGUUAUUUUAAUUGCGUAAUAACGCAAAUACGCUUGUUAUCUAUAGCCCUGAUAAAGUGUACCAGAUUAGACUGUGCACAGGCUAAUCAGGGACGACACUUUCUGUAUAUUCUGGAUUUUAGUUUAGGAGACAACCUUUCAAUAAAAAAAUCCAUGCAAGCUUGCUAAGCUGUGAAGACUGCACAGGCUAAUAUACGAUGACACUUUACUCACAUGCAUUUAGCCCCGUUUUCCCAGAGCAAGGCUUGUUUGGACAGCAGACAACUGCAAGGGUUCCAGAAACAUGUGCUCCAACUAGUUGCCAGAAUAUCCAUCAGUGAAAGAAAUGUUGAAGUUAUGCGUUAGAGAUGUGGAAAGUACUGAUAUUGUGGGGUUUUUUGUUUGAAGUAUCUAGCAAACUGUAUGGAAAUCAUGUGAAAUUGAGAUAAUUAAAGAUAAUGGCCAAUAUAAGUUGAACAAUUAACAAAUAUAUGCUAAGAUUAUGGUGAAUAUGUAUAAACAUACAUUUGCAAUGUAUAAUUUUACUUACAUUUACAAUGAAAAACUAUACUGGUAUGUCACUCAUCAAAAUCAGCAGUAAGACUAGGCUUGCUCAUUUUCUGAUAUUAUUACUUUGAACCUACAAAAUGUUAGACGUUGAUAUGAACCGAAGAUUCUGGGCAAACCUGAUGCAAAGUAUACACAUGCAUUGCUUGCAGACUCGUGCAGUGCUUAUUUUGAUCACUGAUUAAAUUGUAUACCUUCUCAAGUCUUUUGUUAAAAAAUUGUGCAACACUUUUUUAACAGUUUGUCAAACGAAAGUGACAGUAUAUCAAGUUAUAACUAUGUAGAGUUUAUAACAUAACAUAGCUUUAUUCUGGCAUAAAAUAGCACAAUGCAUACUUAUAGCCAACAAUACAAUUAUAGCGUGAAAAGUGAUAGGUACAUGAACUAUUAUAAACAUUAAUUUGAGAAAGAUUAACAGAGAUGUAGGUGCCGUGCAAAUAGAAUUUGCAUGGUAAAUAUUAUAUUUAUUCACAACAAUAACAACAACAUUUAUUUGCAAGUAGGUCACUUUGAACUUCAAGUAGAGUUUAUGCGUUAUUAAGUACUGUGGAAUAAUGAGAUGAAAGUGUAUGAAAUGUGCUUAACAUGAAUUUCUUUAAUUCAUAGGAAGUAUAAUUUGUCUGUAAAAAAUUUAUAAUAUAAUGAAUAACAUUUAUUGUAAGUUUAUUGAAAUUGUGUGUGUAUUUUCUGUUUUUGUAAUGGGAGGACAUAAUCAAUGGAUAUUCUUUGUUAAGUUUUCAUGAAAACUUUCCUUUAAAUCUUUUUAGUAGAAUACAUGAAUAUUUGAAAUAAGUUUUUUAAGUGAAUUUACUCCUUUGAAUAACUUGAAAUUUUUGUUAAGUAUUUAUGUUGUUUUCGAUUUUUUGCAAAUCAGUAGAACGUUUAUGAUUCUUAUUUUAAAUAAGUUUAAUUGAUAGCUUAUGUAAAGUGAUUAUUUAAAUGGUUUAUUUAAUAUCUUUUCAGAAAUGUAGCCAGAUAAAAUAUCUGUCUUUUGUUAUAAUUUGAUGGUCAUUUAACACGCCGUCCACACUUUCUAAAUGUUUUAAAAUGAUAUAAUUAGAUAUGUCUUUAAUUUUGCCUUGAUGGUUUUAAUUAAAGUGUGUUUGGUACUUUGAAGUAACAAACUGUGAAGAAGGUAUGUUAAAUGGUGAUAAUAAAAGACACUUUACACUC